AUGUUGCAAUCAUACAACAAGAACGAUCUUGAAUCAGGAACGAGCCAUCCCCUCUAUCCUAACAUGAUCGAGAGCCCAGAGUUCAGAUGGGCAUUCAUUCGCAAGAUCUAUUCAAUUCUCGUCUUUCAACUUCUUCUCACGGUCGCCGUUGCCUCUAUCUGGUGUGGCCGUUGUAUUAUUAUCACCAAUGUCAUCCCAUCAACUUUCUCUUACUGGCUAUAUUCAAUUCCAGUUUGGCUUUUCUUAUUGGACUCUCUUGUGCUUUUACCAAAGCUUAUAUAUUCUUUCUUUGUAGGGAAAGUUGUUUUGGAGGCUGCAAUUUUAACAUCAGUAGUUGUGAUUGCACUCACACUUUACACUUUCUGGGCUGCUAAAAGAGGCCAUGAUUUCAGCUUUCUUGGUCCUUUCUUGUUUUCUGCUCUUCUUGUAAUUUUGGUAUUUGCCUUCAUUCAGAUUUUCUUUCCAAUGGGUAAGCUUUCCCUUAUGAUAUAUGGAGGUCUAUCAGCGCUCGUGUUCAGUGGAUAUAUAAUCUAUGAUACCGACAAUAUCAUCAAACGAUACUCGUACGAUGAAUAUAUAUGGGCAUCUGUAAACCUCUAUUUAGAUAUUGUCAAUUUGUUUCUAGCUUUCUUAACUAUUUUUAAGGCUGCAGAUUCUUAA